AUGCAAACUAUAAACAAUGUUGGCGCAAUCCGGUCAAAGCCAACACUAGAACAUACGGCAGAGGAUUUCUCCUUCCACAUAUCGACCAACUUGGAGUCUGCGUACCAUUUUAGCCAGCUUGCACAUCCUCUGCUCAAGGCUUCAGGAUGUGGGAACAUCGUGUUCAUAUCCUCUGUUGCUGGGGUCGUGUCGCUUAGCAUCAGCUCCAUCUACUGUGCCACAAAAGGUACAUACUGA